AUAAACUACAGUAAUUAACAAGGUUGUUUCUACUUAACCUUCUCCUAAUCCCGUUCAUUCUUUUGGUUUCUUGCAAUAUAAUUAUUAGCAGAAUAUCUAGUACUUAAGCUCUGAUGUCAGAACGCAGUUCAUGUGAACUUGGUCAUUAUUAAAUGGCUGGAGGUGCAGAUUUAACAGUCCCUUCUGUUGGAUCCAAAAGCAUCAUGGAUCCCAACCAGGAAUCAGACAAGGGUAAUUACCAUCAAUCGAGCAUAGAGGCAAUCCUCACCGCUCCUAAGUUGCCAAAGGCAGAGUCAUUUGUUUCGCAGGCACCUGCAGGGCAGACCAUCAAGCGACCUCGUGGGAGGCCUGCAGGCUCAAAAAAUAAGCCAAAGCCACCAAUUAUUGUGACUCGAGAUAGUGCAAAUGCAUUAAGGGCUCAUGCAAUGGAGGUCACCUCAGGCUGUGAUGUGAGUGAGAGUUUAGUUAACUUUGCAAGGAGGAAACAACGUGGAAUCUGUGUACUUAGUGGAAGUGGUUGUGUAGCCAAUGUCACCUUACGACAGCCAACUUCAUCUGGUGCCAUUGUGACACUUCAUGGCCGAUUCGAGAUACUCUCAUUGCUUGGAUCAAUAUUGCCACCGCCUGCUCCACCAGGAAUUGCAGGGCUAACUAUUUAUUUGGCAGGGGCUCAAGGACAGGUAGUUGGUGGGGGAGUAGUUGGCGCACUCAUUGCAUCUGGCCCUGUUGUGAUCAUGGCGACAUCUUUCAUGAAUGCUACUUUCGAUCGUUUGCCAUUGGAUGAGGAUGAAAGUGCUACAAUCGUGCAGAAUCAACAUUAUCAAAAUGGUCGUCAUCACCACCACCAUCACCUGGAUAUUUCAGAUCUCUAUGGCGUACCACAAAAUUUGCUCACCAAUGGUACGUUGCCACCAGAAAUAUACUCGUGGGCACCAGGACGAACAAUGACGAAAUCCUAACUUGUUUAGCUGCAAAUCAUAGUAUAAGCACUUCAAAAUGGGUCUCACUGUCGUUAAGCAUUGUUAUGGCCUUUAGCAUAGAAACCCAUGCAAACAUAUUUAAUAUUUAUAACCAUUUAAUCAAAAUUGUUGUUCUGCAGAAAGUACUUGUAUUAUGUCUCUCCAACAAUUAUCAGUUUCAGAAUCUAUUCUGUUUCCUUUAUUAUCA